AUGCCUCACAAAAUCGUGGUGACUGGCGAUGUCAACGGGCGUAUUGACGAAGUGUUCGGCAAGAUCAAGACCCUUCACGCCAAGCAAGGAUUCGCCUUUGCGAUCAUAGCGGGCGACCUUUUCUCGAGCCCGGAAGCAGAGUUGGCAGACCAAGGAGCCCAAGUGACGAAGUUGAUCAGUGGCGAGAUUGAGGUUCCCCUACCGACGUACUUCUCCCUAGGAACGCAUGCUCUUCCCAGCAACGUGGUCGAGAAGCUGGAGAAGGAUGACGGAGAGCUCUGCUCCAACCUCUACGUCCUGGGUCGUAAAGGCUCGUUGAAAACGGCGGACGGUUUCAGGGUUGUGGCUGUGGGAGGCAAGCAUUCUUCCAGUGAGGACGCAUCGAUCAGACCAUACGACGCGGUCUACAAAGACGCCGACGCCAAGAGCCUUGCUGAGAGCCAAAGCGAUGCUGAACUUCUGAUCACGAACGAUUGGCCAGCAGCUAUCCGCGAUGGCGCAAAGGCAUUCUACAACGGGACCGAAGAUCCACCGCAAGGCAUACAGAGCAUUGCCGAGCUGUGCGCAGCCGUGAAGCCUCGCUACCACUUCUCGGCCUCCUCCGCUUUCUACGAGCGCGAUCCAUUCUUCCACCCUGACGAAGGCCCCAAACCCAUCACCCGCUUCAUCAGCCUGGCACCUUUUGGCAACCCUGAGAAGUCAAAAUGGAUCUACGCCUUCUCCCUUGAACCCUCCUCAGAGCCGCCAUCUACGCUACCAGCUGGAACCACCGCAUCGCCCUUCCUUCCCAAGAAGCGCAAAUUGGACUCGCAGCAAGACAGCUUCAACAGCUUCCGCUACGCCAACGGCCACGGCGGAGACCAUCGCCAACAGAACUACCGCGGCAACAAACGCCACAAACAACAACAACGAGCCCCACCACCAGGUCCCGAAGACUGCUUCUUCUGCCUCGCAAGCAAGAACGUAGAAGACCACAUGAUCGGAUCAUUAGGCGACGAGAGCUAUGUAGCCAUCGCCAAGGGCCCCCUUUCCACACGCUCAACAUACCCAGAACUCGGCUUCCCAGGCCACCUGAUCAUCAUCCCGCACGUGCACCAAUCGACCUUCGCCGCAAUCGAGACAGCAGACACCAAAGACCCAACCCCACACGGCGAACGCGAAGCCGCCAAAGCAGCAGCAAAAGAAUCCCGCACCAAAGUCGAAAGCGAAAUGUCCCGCUACCGCAGUGCCCUGCACCAACUCCUGACCACCAAAUCCACGGAACCCAAACUCGGCGCCGUGACCUGGUGCAUCUCCCGCGCAGCAAACAUACACCUGCACUACCAAUUCCUGCCCGUCCCUGCCACCACCAUCACGCGAGGUCUCGUGCAAGCAGCUUUCAACGUCGAGGCCGAAAACAACAAUUACCCGAAAUUCGCCAAAUCGCCUUCUGAUAUCGCGGAAGCAGAGCGGGGAGAUCAUUUGAAGGUUAUGGUUUGGAGUGAGGUGGGGGAGAAGACGAUGGUGCUGCCGGUCGACGGGAGUUUUAGGUUCGAUCUGCAGUAUCCGCGGAAAGUAAUGGCAAAGCUGUUGGGGCUGGAGGGGCGGAUGGAUUGGAGGGCGUGUGCGCAGAGUAAGGAGGAGGAGACGGCGGAUGCGGAGGCAUUUAAGGAGGCGUUCAAGGAUUUCGACUUCACGAUGUGA